AUGCGUCCACGGAGACGAGGACAGCGGGUCUCGAUAGACCGACUGUCAGCAAUCACCUUCGAUGACAGAGCAAGCAUCGACAGCAAGGAGCUAGCCACCCAGACAUUCUUCGGCAAUAAGCCACAAGCCCUUACCACCAGCCCCGCGCCUGUCCCAUCCCAUUCCUCCUCUGUCACAUGGAAGAGCCAAGCCAUCAAAGACAAGGAGGAGUACGAACGAGUUAGACAGCGGGUCCGACACUUUGCACCAGAGCUUUUCAAGGCCAACACGAAGCAAGGCCUGGGGUUGUCGGCGAUCUUCCCGCAAAACGUGGGCGAGUGGGUGGCGCACAAGAAAGAGAUACUUGCACUGGCCGAGGCUGAGCAGCAGAAGAACUGCGAACUGCUCAAGGCUCAGAUCGAAGCUCACCAGAAGAUCCCCAAGGCCCAGCGCAAAAUCACGUCCGUCUUUGGCGAGGGCGGCAAGAUUUUCACCGAUGGACUCAGUCCAGUGUUGGGAUGUCCUACCAUCUGGUCAGCUGAGUACCUCGAGCAAGUAGCCAAGUGGCCGAGCAAUGGCGAGUUGCAAUGGAAUGGCGACAAUAGGCAGAGCCUCCUCGCAAAGACCAAGUGCGGCCGCUUCCUCCCGCCUCCUCGUGCUCCUGCCGACCUGUCAGCUCCGUUCCAAGAGCAACCCUUUUUGAGGCAGUUGCCACUUGAUGAGGCUGGCCCCAUCUUCUGCAUGGGUCCCCGGCCUGACGAGAUCUAUGUCAACAAUGCUGACAUGGACGGAGAUCCGCAGUUCGAGGCACUCGGCAACCUCCUCUUGGGGACAGAGCUGAUGCAGGAAGUUGGCCACUGGAGACCUUCUGCUGUCCCAGUGUGGCCCCAGGAGCAGUCGAUGCUGGGAGAAGGAGCCAUGGUGUUCUAUGAAGGAGAUGGGUAUGUCGGAACACCACUGAUGGCCAGGGAGAUGUGGCACGAGGAGGGGAUGCAGGCCGAUAUGUGGUUCAAUGACAGCAUGGUGCCAGAGAUAUGGCAAGAAGACCCUGUGUGGUGGUGA